GUUUCUUUUAUAGCAGCGUGGUAUUAUAUCAAGCAUCGGGGGUUCUGCGAUUCAAAGAAUAUAAUAAAUACCUCUCAUAGCCACUCCCACACCACAUAGAGAGUGACUGAUUGACACAACACCAAACAAUGGCUAUGAUGGAAUGGCUUGCCGAAACAUGGAUUAUCCGCAUCCUCUUCUUCCUCAUCGCCUACUAUGCCGCCAACUCCCAGAUCGACCGCGCAACCCGCAAGGCCAACUCCGCCGAGUAUCGUGCCCGCAGAGCCGAACGUGCCCUGGAGAACGCCCAGUCGGACAUUCGCAUCAACGCAAACGAGUGCGUCGAGCUGCGCAAGAGGGUCAGCUAUCUCGAAGAGAAGAUGGACGAGUACGUGCGCGUGCUGGAGGCGCUGAGCGUGCCUUUCGCGUCGUCGGCCGUGGAGGACGACGGCGACAGGGUCGCGAGUAGAGGGGUCUGUGGGAGCAGUUCGGUGGACGUGGAAGCUCUGUCGGGCGCCCAGGUCGGGAUCCCAGCGUCCACUGCACAGGCCAGGUUGGAUAGUUCUCUAUCACACAAACAGCAGCCCCAGCAACAUCAACAGCAUUACAUUAUAAGAUCCAGCGAUGGAGCCAAGGAGCGCACGGGAAGAUCUUCAAGUUCCUCAGACCAAUCCACCUCGUCCAGCCUCGAGAGAAUAUCCGGGCUCCGGGGCAGACUUGAAUCCCGCAAAGACUCUGUGAUAUCAGCUUUGAACAACCUGCCUGGAAGGCGGAGCAAUCGGGGAAGCAGGUCCGGAGGGAUUUCAGCCAGUUCGAUCUACCAUACUAUGCCAGGUCGUGCUCUUGUACGGAUGGCAAGGAGAUCGCGUUCAAAAGCUAGCGAUAGUGAAGCUAUAGAAUAAACGUCCUGCGAGCGUGUGGCGCCGUAAAAUAGCGAUGGUGCUGCCAGCCUUGAUGAUACCGUUUGUCACGACUGUCGUAUACUUAUAGAGCGUACUCUGCGGAUAACAAAAUCU